AUGCGAGGCUCAUGCACCUGGCAAUAUCCUGGGCUAUAUGUGCUCGGCCAGCAUGCCGGACGAGAAGUAUCUGCAAACUCGUGUGGGGAUCAUAUCAACGCAUACUACGGUAAAGACGCCGUUGCACGACAAAGACGGUUCCUGGAUCAUUUCCUGAGAGACGACAUUGCAGCCGGACUUGGUGGGUUGAAGGAUCUGCCCAAGAUCGAUCUGACCAUCAGAAGAGAGGCAGCUUUGUAUUGGCGAGCUGAGAAGGACUUCCCUCCAUUAGAGACACAGUACAGAGAGUACUUCCUCAACGCUGAUGGUGGCCUAGGAGAUGGUCAGCUGGACGCUACGAGCACAGGCGUUGUCGCUCACGCCUGUGGGCCCCCCAGCAAGGGGUAUGAUAUCAAAGUGCCCAUCCAACCCACCAGCAUGAUCUUUGAGAAGGGCCACAAGAUUCAGAUCGAGAUUGGGGCGAGAGAUAGUGAUACUCUGCUUGGGGUCAUGAGGCAAGAGGGCGGCGAUCGGACCGACGAGAAGUUCGCUGGGGUUAAUACAAUCUUCCACGGGAGCAAGCUUGUCCUGCCGUUCGUGCUUCGGACAUAG